AUGGCGACAAACAUACUGAAACUUGAAGACGUAUUACAAAUAAAUAAUAAAACUUUAGAUGAAAAUACGAAGGAAUCACCUGAUAAAGAAAAUACUGAAAAAUCUAAAAAGAAAGGUAAUAAACGUAAACGAAAAAGAAAUAAAUUGACAGAAGUGCAAGUAGAAAUACCGAAAGGUGCACGGGUUUCUGGACGAGUAUGGAAAAGUGAAAAGAAAAGGUUAAAAUCGGAAAUUGUUCAAGUUAUAAGAAAUCCAUCUAAAUUAAAACGAAUGAAGAAAAAACAUUUAAGAAAUAUUGAAAAACGUGACACAUUGAAUAUGAAAUAA